CCCCGCGCGGCCGCCCCGUCUCCUCGCCGGGCACGACGCAGCCUUCACUGCCGGGCAGAGGGGAGAUGAUCAUGCUGAGCGGGAGACACUUCUCCCCCCGCCCUCUGCUCUUGCUCGCCGCGGUCCUGGUCGUGGAGAGCUCCCAGCUAGACGGCACCAAAGUGAACUCCAUCAAGUCCACGCUCAUGGGCGAGGCGCCGACGCAGGCCACCGCCAACAGGUCCACCACCUUCCACCAGGGACUGGCGCUGGGCAGCAGCAGCAGCAGCAAGAAAGGCAAAAUCCUGGGCCAGGGCGGGAAAGGGCUGAAGCAUUACCACCGUCAGGGCGAGGCUUAUCCUUGCACCAAUGACAAGGAGUGUGAAGUUGGGAAAUACUGCCACAGUCCACAUCAAGCUACAUCUGCCUGCAUGAUUUGUAGGAGGAAAAAGAAACGUUGCCACAGAGAUGGCAUGUGCUGUCCUGGAAACCGCUGCAACAAUGGUAUCUGUAUACCAGUGACUGAGAGCAUCCUCACUCCCCACAUCCCGGCUCUGGAAGUACCUCGCAACAAGAAAAAUAAUCAUUAUCCCACCAAGGACUUGGGCUGGCAGAAUCUAGGGAAAGGAGUGACACACAUAAAAGGUCAUGAAGGAGACCCCUGCUUAAGGUCUUCUGACUGCACAGAGGGGUUCUGUUGUGCUCGCCAUUUCUGGACCAAAAUCUGUAAGCCUGUGCUUCACCAAGGGGAGGUCUGCACCAAGCAACGCAAGAAAGGGUCCCACGGCUUGGAGAUUUUCCAGCGCUGUGACUGUGCCAAAGGGCUGUCAUGCAAAAUCUGGAAAGAUGCCACCUACUCUUCGAAAGCAAGGCUUCACGUGUGCCAAAAGAUCUGAUGGCAGAUUGGGACACUGUCACUACCGGGCCGUGGAGAACCUGUGUGUUGUAUAUGCUGCAGCAUGGUGGAACACAAGGAUUGUAAAUAAGAACUGAAUGGGCCAAGUAUAUCCACUGUGGCAGAAAGAAGGAUAAUCCCCAAACGAAUCAUAUUCCUGCCCUGGAAGUGAAUGCGAUGGCAGCUGGCCUUUCUUCGUGAUGUGGUGUCGUUCUGCCAGGUUGGGGCCAAACGAUUGUGGAAAGCAUUUAACUAUGCUCUACUUCUGGUGACUCACCCACAUUAGUUGUGGUUCGGCUUCCCCCAUUAUGAUUGUAAAAUAAUGCUAUAGGAUGUAUUUACAACACAAAGCAGUGCUUUGCCGAAGAAAGACAUUUCUAUUGACACAUUCUUGGGUAUGGAGCAAAAAUAUCCUUGCGAGCUGAAACUAUUAGAGAUAAAGGGGAACGUUAUUGUGUAUGCCUUUACCCUUUAAUAAGCCAAGGCUCUGACUUGAAUGACAUUGAGCAAGAGUGUUACAUUUUG